GGUUUAGAUGAGGACUGCUACGAGGAGGCUGAGCCCUUUGUUUCAGUCAAUCACACCACAGGUAUGCUCAACAAGUCAUUAAAUACAUCAGUCUCACUCUCCCUCUCUCUCUCCCCUGUCUCUCUUUCUCUCUCUCUGUCAAGAGCCAUUGCCAACAACUUGAGUUACUUUCACAAUGGGAUACAUGUGACUUUGUGCUGUUUCUACAGUCAAAUAAUGUACUUGAAAUAUAGCUCAAAUAUAAACGAAAUGUCAUCCUCAAACCUUUGAACUUCCACAGUUGUAUACUAUGUAUUUUACUAAAAAAGUAAAAACCCAGCAUGUCUCUCUUUUUACAGUGGUAUCAAAAAAAUAAAAUACAGAAAUGCAUCCCCUGUGUGUAUGUGUGUGUGUGUCUGUUUGUGUGUGUGUGUUCAUGCGUGUGUGUCCUCCAGACAAAGGUGACUCAGACAGCAGUCACUACGAGUCAUACGGGGAGGAAGAUGAGGAGGAGUUUGUGAAAGACCGGGCCCACUACAUCCAAUGGAGUGCCACCCAGCCCUGUCUGCGGCCCACUCCUGAGUCACGCAUCUGUGGCUACCUGUGGAGGAAGAAAUGGCUGGGCCAAUGGACCAAACAGCUCUUUCUCGUCCGCAACAAUCUGCUCUUGGUAAGCACAUCCCUAAGGACAAAAUACAUGGUGCAAUCACCUGCUGGGUGUCGACGAAUGUGUUUCGAACAUGUUUCAUCCAGGUAGGCUGUAGCUGUUUUAAAGGCAUUAACCUCUAAGUAGGCCAUAAAUUGUUUGUCUUAUUUGCCUGUUGCAUGUUACUUCCAGUUCUACAAAUGUUAGACAAAGUCUUACUGGCAAGAGCAGUGUGUGGGUUCUCCCUUUCUUUUAAGAAAACAUGAUUCCCAUGCACCUGCAACAAGCAUACUCAGAUGUGAUUUUCCUAUUUUGAAUAACAGUGCUACAAAUGUGCCAAGGACCUCUACCCGCUGCUGGAGCUGAACCUGCGGGGCUGCCAAGUGGUGUACAAGUCCAAGCACAACAAGAAGAUGCAGCACGAGCUUAAGGUGGUGGCUGGCUCCGACAUGGUGGUGAUGGGCUUCCAGAGCUGCCAGCAGGUGGAGGAAUGGAGGAAGGUUUGGAGGUGUUUAUCAUUACAGAAAGACAACAAAAUAUUUAAAAAAGACAGAAAUGUACUGUUUGAUACAGAAAUCAACUGAAGGGGAGCAAAGGGAGGGGUAAGAGGACAUGCCUUUUUGGAUGGGUAUUGCCCAUGAUUGUCCAAACAGGCAUGCCUAGCCCAUCUGAAAUAAAUGGCGGUAUUAUCAGGUUAUUAUCAGACUGGGAGAAUUUGACAGUUACGGCCGUAUUUGGAACUCGGGAGAUAAAGGGUAUGGCUGUGUAGGCAUUAAGGGGCGGAUUCCUGGACACAGAUUAAGCCUGGUCCUGGACAAAAAAGCAAGAUCAAUUAAGAAUUUCCAUAGAAAAUUCUGCCCCUAAAGCUUUUGUGUGUGUGUUGUUUUAAAUUCUUACUUGUUGUCUGGCUGGUCCCUAGAUCAUUGAGGAGGUGAGUAGCUCCUCCUACUAUGAGCCAGAGUCCCAGAGUUCCUCCUCGUUAGUCAAGUGUGACAGACUGGACUCUUGCAGGGUAAGUAAUCUGCCGCCACAAGAAUUAAAGCUACUCCGGACCUUAGUUCACAUUCAAUUAACUUCCUCUCGACUUGACUGAAUUAGGUGGCUCAGAUUUUCUCUCAAUGCAGCCCUUUCAUGUGUUGUUUUCCUCACAGUCAAGCACAGUCAUUCACACUUCAGACUCUGAUGUAGAGAAACUGUCCACGCUGUCCUCUGCUCUCAGCAGUGGGGAAAUUAAGGAUAAA